AUGGCGCCCUCGAAUGCGUCUGAGCGACCAUCUCGCCGUGCUCUCGGCAAGCGACGUGCGGCAGACCGCGAUGGAGACGUCAAGAUGGGUGUCGAGAGCAACAACCGCACCGGCAUCGGCAAGACCAAGCGACCACCAAAGGGCCCCAAGGGUGCUCAGGGUGCUCUGAACAGCACGGACAUGCAGCGCAAGAUCCACCGCGCGACUGCAAACGGAGAUGUGAGGAUGAAGGGAGAUGCGCCAGCAAAGACCAGCGGCGGCCUCGAAGAGUUCAAGGUGACGGGAUGGGAGAAGAGCACGGCAGCACAUGACCCCGAUGGCGGCGUGGAGUCGCUGAAGAGAUGGUUGCAAGGCAAGGUGUCACGGAAGCUGGGCUCGGCCUCGAGAAAGGCGGCUCAGUUCAAGAAGUCGCGGGUGGAGGGCACCGCUCUCUACAUCAGCGUGCCUGCCAUCGAUGCCGGACCACUUGCGCGCAUGAAUGGCUUCAAGUGGGCUGGCGUCACCCUCACGAUCGAGAAGGUUGGUGGCUCGGGACAGGACAGCAAGCUAUCUUCCAAGGCAGAGGAGACGAAGCUCAUGCUGCGAAAUGUCCUCGAGCGUCGGUACAACAUACAGACCAAGCUUCUCGACCUCUCAGCGCUCAGCCAGGACGACGAACUCAAGGCUCAAGCGAUCUUCGACUCGAACUCCACCGCCAGCAAGUUCUUCCCCGCGAUGAUGAAGGUCCUCGAGCUCGCCUUCGACACCACCGACGAACUUAAUGCACACGUCGAGAGCGUGUCGCUGGCGAACAACGGACUUGCCGACCUCAAGGCGGUGUCGACACUCUCUGCGACAUUGCCCAAGCUGCACAACCUCGACCUCUCGAACAACAACUUCGCCAAUCUCUCUGCCCUCUCCAUCUGGCGCAAGAGAUUCCUUCACCUGCAACACCUCGUCGUUUCCGGCAACCCGCUCGAGCAGAAUGAGCCAAACUACGCAGCCGAGCUCGUGAAGUGGUACCCGAACCUGCGCGUGCUCAACCAGAUUCAAGUGCGCACCGAAGAAGACAUCAAGAACAAGGCGAGCACCGGCAACUUGCCAUUCCCCAUCCGAAGCCCAAUCUUCCAAGAUGAGGGUCAGAUCGCAGAGAACUUCAUCCGCCAGUGGUUCCUCGGCUUCGACACCGACCGCCCACAGCUGGCACAAAUCUACUACGACGACCAGUCCGACUUCUCAUACGCGGUCAACGUCUCGGCACCACGCGACCCCAACGACACUGUGCAGACUGAGAAGAGCGAGUGGAGCGCGUACAUCAGGAACAGCCGCAAUCUCAAGAAGAUCUCGCAGCUUCCAGCCCGUCAGAAUCGCCUCUUCCGCGGCCCAAAGGCCAUCUCAGAGGUCUUCGCCACCCUGCCCAAGACCAAACACCCAGAUCUUGGUGCUGAGGCGCGCAAGUGGUUGAUUGAAUGCCACAUGCAACCAGGCAUUCCAGAUCCCACCGGCCAGAGUCCCCAAGGUGUCGACGGCUUCGCCAUCUACAUCCACAGCGAGUACGACGAGCUUGACGACAGAACUGGCCAGCCCAACGGCAAGAAGCGCAGCUGCGAUCACUCCUUUCAGAUUGGUCCAGGAGGCCCACAAGGUGUUCGCAUCGUCAGCCACCAAAUCACCAUCCGCGCAUACGGCGGCACUCAAGCACUCGAACCUGAAGCACCCCCACAAGCCGGCCCGCCAUCGCCACCACAACAGGCGGCCGUCGACAUUGAGCUAUACGCGCAGGCUGGUCUCUCGCUCCAGCAGGCCGAGGAGAUUUGUGCGGCUCUGUCGCAGCAGACUGGCAUGACGAUCAACUACUGCAAAGACUGCCUCGAUCAGGUCGGCUGGGAUGCUCCACGAGCACUGGCUGCCUUUGAGGACGUCAAAGCCACCUUGCCGGCCGACGCCUUCGUGCAGAACGUUCCAGUGGCUUGA